GUAAUUAAUUGAAGGCUCUUGUCUGGAAUAUUGUUACCUAUGACUAUUAGUAUCUCUUAUCUCUUAGGAGGUGACACCGUUAUACAUACAUACAAUUGAUAAGAAUUUAUCGUAUUUUGUUGUAAUCAUAGAACAAAAGCUAAUAAAAUUUGAAUUCUACUGUGCAGACUUAGUGAAAAUUAAUAGAAGAUGGUUUUACGUCAUCACGUUAAAGGAUACGAAAAUUUUCUUGAAUUUAUGAAGAAGUUCCAAGCUGAUCAAUCAGUUUAUGUACUUUAUACUGGUACAAAACUUCCUAACGGUGAUAGCUGGUGUCCAGAUUGUGUUGAAGCUAAACCUUUUAUAGAAAGAGGAUUCAAAAAAGCACCUGAAAACGUACAUUUAGUUGAAGUUGAAGUUGGAGAUCGUGCCUAUUGGAAGAAUCUAAAUUGUCCAUUUAGAACAAAUUCCACUACUAAGUUAAGAGUUUUGCCAACGGUGGCAAAAUGGGGUACACAAAAAAGACUAGAAGGUGAUCAAUGUAUGGAACUUGAUCUCAUUGAUAUGUUGUUAAAUGAUGAUGAUUAAAAAUCAGGAAGUAAUUCUUCAAGUCCCUUAUAAUAAUCAUCAUGGUUAAACUUUUCAUAUUGUAAUAUUACUUUUUAUUAUCAGAAACUUUAGUAGGAUUUCUUAUACUUUUUUUUCUUUUUUUCACAAAUGUUCCUCCUACCUUUAUGGUAAACAUAUAUGUAAUUAAUUGCAAUGCAUGUGUAAAUAUAAUGAUAGUAUUACAGUUACCAUAAAUGGAACGCUACAUCUGUAAUGAAUAAGUAAAAUUUAUAAAAUUUGUAAAAAUUUUCUGGAAUGAUUUUUGAUACUUAGGUAUAAAUACAGAAUGUAAUAGUAACAUAAGACCAUCAUUUUCCUUGCGUGCUAAUUAUGCCCUAAGGAAUGUAUUUCUUACACAUUGCUUUUCUCCUCUCCCUGUUUGUUGCUUUUAUUAAGAAGUAGCUGGUGUUAUUUCUUGGGAAAUUGCCGGCGGUAUAACUCGUAUGGAGUAAUGAAUUUUCUUAUUUCUCAGAAUGCUGUAACUGUUAUCAAAAACGACGGAAUCUGAAAAAAAUAAAAUCAUCGAUAAAUCAU